AACACUUACAUCCUUUAUGGACAUGCUCUAACUAGUCUAAUAAUUUAUUUAUUUUUAUGAAUGGCUAACAACCUAUUUCCUAAUGCUGUAGAAGAACUAGUUACUAGCUACUUUUAGGUUUUAAAAAAUAAAUAUACCCAUUAUUUUUUAUAAAGGGUAAACCGUAUAAUAUAAAGAUUUAAAAACAUUAUAUGCCCGUGUAUAUAAUGUAUAUUCCGUGUUGCAUCAGGUGUUCAGACCAUGAUGAAUAACACGGCUCUGCCCUCAGAAAGGGGCAGUGGCUGCUGAAUAAUAAUCACUGUGAACCCGCCCCAUUCAUGUUUAUUGAUCAGCUCUCCGGCAGGCCUCUCUGACAGCAGUCAGAUUCAGUCUGGAUAUGGCGGCGCUGCACCGAUACAGGAUGAAUUUUCACCUCUCCGUGGGAAUCUGCCAGUCACGUACCGGGACGGCACUCCUCGGUUUUUGUCGCCGUUAACAGGGAUCGUCCAUGGCGAUGGAGGACGAGGAUAAUAACGCGGCGGGUGCUGCGACUAACACCCAGACGGGCAUCAAGAAAGGAGGUGAUGUCGGAGAUGACGGGGCUUGCAUAGACAGGCAGCCGGACACGGUGGUCCACCAAGCGGGGCUGAAUCAGACUGCAGGUCGCGGCAGCCGCAGUGGUCCCGGAGCUCCUGCUGCAACCGGGAUCCGGGUGCUAAAGCAGCGCAACAUGAAGCGGAACGGGAGUCGAGGCUGUGUGACCAGGAAGACCAGAUUUGGAUCACGAGAGCGGGACUGGCUGAAGGGGGACACCCAGCGGGGCUGUGUGUGUCUGUAUGGGGAGACGGUGGACCCUCAGCCUCCUGCCUCCGGCCCACAGGCCUCCUCCACCCCUCAGACAGACCUGCAGCUGGUGCUCUGCUCCACCAGCACCACGGUGGAGGAGCUUUGCGCUCAGAGGGACGGACGGGGACUCUACGUUCAGCUGCAUGGAGACCUAGUCAGGAGACUGGACCCGUCUGAGCGUCCCCUGCAGAUCCUGUAUGACUACCUGGCAGCUAUGGGCUAUGCAGACCCUGUCCGGGUGCAGCACGAAGCAGCCAACUCCGACCUCAGCUGUUUGAUUCGUUUCUACAGCGAGCAUCCAGUGAAUGCAGACCAGCAGGAGCGCACUCUGCUGAAAGGCGUGUUCAGCGUUAGGAAGGGCAAGACGCAGCUGCACAAGUGGGCAGAGCGGCAGGUCAUUCUCUGUGGCACCUGUCUCAUCGUGGCCUCCGUCAAAGACAGCCUCACCGGGAAGAUGCACAUCUUACCCCUGGUUGGGGGAAAGGUGGAGGAGGUGAAGCGGAGGCAGCACUGUCUGAUGUUCAGCUCGGCCGGAUCACAGGCUCAGACGUACUUCGUCAACUUUGACACGCUCGCGGACUUCCAGCGAUGGCAUCGGCAGGCAUCUAAAGUGGUGUCUCAGACGGUCAGCAUGGUGGAUCUGUCCUGCUACAGCCUGGAGGCGGUGCCCGAGUAUCUGUUCUACAGCCAGGACAUCACACACCUCAACCUGAGACACAACUUCAUGAGCCUGCAGGGGCCUGGAGGGCUGCUCAACCUGCCCAGGCUCAGCAAACCGCUCUGCACUGAGAACGUGGACCACAGCAGCAGGUUUUCCCAGCUGAAGAGUCUGAACUUGUCUCACAACCGUCUGGGUGUGUUCCCUGAGUGUGUGUGUGAGAUCCUCACCCUGACCGAGCUCAACCUCUCCUGUAAUAAUCUGCACACCGUCCCUGUACAGAUAGGCAACCUCCAAAGCCUGCAGACGCUGUCUUUGGAUGGAAACCACCUCAGCUCCCUGCCUGAGGAGCUGGGUGGCCUGUCCCAGCUCAACUGCCUGGGGCUCUCCUUCAACAACUUCUCUCACAUCCCUGCUGUGCUGGAGAGACUGAGCGCAGUGGACAAGCUGGCCAUGGCUGGGAACAGAGUGGAGAGUCUGGAGCUGUGUACUCUGGCCAGAAUGAGCCACCUGAAAAACAUCGACCUCCGACUGAACGGGCUGCGCUGGGUGAAAAGUGAGAGUCUAGAGGCGGUGAGCCAAGUGACCCAGCUGGACUUGCGGGACAACUGCUUGGACUCUCUAGACCUGAGUUCCAUCUGCAACCUGGAGACUCUGCAGUGCCAGCGCAACCAGCUGGGGACACUCACACUCAGCGGUUUCACUCUGCGAAUGCUUCAUGCCAGCAGCAACCGCCUCACAACAGUCAACAUCUACCCAGUCCCUAACCAGCUGACACACAUGGAACUAUCACAGAACCUUUUGGAGUACCUUCCAGACUGGGUGUGUGACUGCAGAAAAAUUGAGAUGCUGGACGUCACACACAACCUCCUGUCUGAGCUUCCUUCCAGACUGCUCAACAGCUUGAGUUUGAGAAAGCUGCUGGCGGGGAACAAUCGUUUGCAGAGAGUGCCUGACCUACUUGACCAUGUCCCUCUGGAAGCCCUGGACCUCCAGCACAACAAGCUAACUGAGCUCCCUGAGAGUCUCUUUUACAAAGCCUUAAACCUAAAAUACUUAAAUGUGUCAGCCAACACCCUGGAAAGUAUUCCUCCCAGCAGCCAAUCAGAGGAGAGCCUCAGCACGCUCCAGGAGCUCUACCUGACUGGGAACAGCCUGAAUGAGAACUGUGGUGCUCUGCUGGUUGGACACCAGAACCUGCGAGUCCUUCACAUCGCCUACAACCAGCUGCUGUCCUUCCCUGCCAGUAAGUUGAGUAAGCUGGAGCUGCUGGAGGAGCUGAAUCUGAGUGGCAACAAGCUGAAGACCAUCCCCUCCACUGUGUCCAGCUGUAAACGACUGCACACACUCAUAGCACACUCCAACCACAUUAAUGUCUUCCCAGAGAUCCUCAGCCUGCCUGAGAUCAAGCUUGUAGAUCUGAGCUGUAACGAGCUGACGGAGAUCCAGCUGCCUGACUCGCUGCCUGCUACUCUGCAAGAGCUGGACCUGACAGGCAACAGCAGCCUCAUGCUGGAACACAAAACCCUCAACCUCUUCAGUCACAUCACCACCCUGAAAUUAGACCAGAAAUCCACAACGACAGCAGGGGACUCACUGAGUGCCUCCACUCCAUGGAACCAUGGUUACUCUGAAAUGAGCGGCCAAAGGAACAAGUUGUGUGUGUCUGUGCUGACCGUAGACCGGUUCGGAGACGGCGUGGAAGCGUGUUAUGGUAUCUUUGAUGGAGACCGCAACGAGGAAGUGCCUCGGCUGCUGCAGUGCACCAUGGGAGACGUGUUGUGCGAGGAACUGCAGCACUCCAGCAUCGACAGCGUGUAUAUGUGCAACACUUUCCUCACCUCACACAGGAAACUCGGCAUGGCCGGUCAGAAACUGGGAGCCUCUGCAUUGCUGUGUUAUAUCCACCAUGAGCCUUCAGAUCCAGGAGGCCACCUCAGCCUUACUGUGGCCAACGUGGGCACCUGUCAGGCAGUGCUGUGCCGGGACGGCCGACCCGUCGCUCUCUCUAAGGUUUACAGCUUAGAGAACUGCACUGAGGAGAUGGAGAGAGUUAAAGUCAGUAAAGCCAUUAUCACAGAGGAUAACAAAGUGAGUGGAGUGACGUGCUGCUCUCGCCUGCUGGGCUGCUCUUAUCUGUCUCCCUGGGUGCUUCCAAAGCCCUGGGUGCACACUGAGCCUCUCUGCUCCCAGGAUGAGUUCCUGAUCCUGGGGAAUCGAGCGCUGUUUGAGCGGGUCUCCUACCAGGAGGCCGUGUGCACCGUGCAGGCCGUGCGAGACCCGCGUGCCGCUGCCAAGAAGCUGUGUUCGCUCGCCCAGAGUUACGGCUGCAAGGACAACAUCGGGGCCGUAGUGGUGUCCCUGCACAUCGGAGAGGACAGCUGCACCUGUGAGCCGCCGGUCUCCACUGCCGAACCCCGAGGUCCCCCUCCCGCCCCCGUGCCUGUGUCCGUGACCCCGGGCCCCGCCGACCCAGCCACCCUGUCGUCCAGCAGCGGCGGCGUCUCGGAGUUCAACAGCGAGACGUCAGCCUCAGAGGUCGGAAGCGAGGCGGGGUCCACCGCUUCAGACGAACACCAGUCCUCUGGCCCUACGUCCCGCCCAGAGAGGCGCUGUAGCCUACACCCUGCCACGACACUGUGCGGGAUCAUGGUGCCCGGCUCAGGUGGUGCAGGAACACACCCGGGCCUGUUCCAGCGUCAGCCCUCCUGUGCUACGUUCUCCAGUAACCAGUCUGACAACGGCCUGGACAGUGACGACGAGGCUCCGCUCGAGGGCGUCAUCUCCAACGGCAGCAAGUUAGAGGUGGAGGUGGACAUUCACUGCUGUGCUUUCCAGCUACGGUCAGGGGCCCCCGAGAGCCCCAAAGACCUGGACCUGGAAAAGCGAGGCUCUGACUAUCCCAAUGGGAAAAUGCGGCGACAGAACAGCGUGGUGGUUUCUGCCACAAACGGCUGCCUGCUGGCCGUGUGUGGGAGAGAGAUCACUGACCUCAAGAAGUCUCCCUCCACAUCCAGCCUGUUUGGGAAGAAGCUGUCCAACGGCUCCGUGGUGGCCCCCGAGGACAGUCACAAUCUGAUCGAGGUGGCCCUGGAGGCUCCUAAGAAGAAGUCUGGAUACUUCACCGCCCCAGCGCAGCAGGACCCCGAGGAUCAGCUGAUCGUGCCUCCAAGCCUGGAGCAGGAAGUCAGGGAGCAGCUCCGAGGACAGAGCCCUCUGGUCUCAGGCCCCUCCGCUCCAUCCACAGCCCCCAUCUUAAAAGACCCCGUGUGGGAUCAUCCACACCCUCCUGCAUUUGCCUCCAGCCUGGUUCCAGGUCCAGGCCCGGCUCCCAUCCUACAGCAGGAAGUCUACGACACCGCCCUCUAGAGGUGGGAGGCAGCAGAGCAGCGUGUGUCUGCAGCUCUGUGAUCGUGCCAUUCCCUGAAGGAAGGAGAGGUUUUUCUCAAACGUGGGAUAUUAUUCAGAUCUUUGUGAGGACAAGACAAACCUGUGGCACCUUGAUAGUCAUCAUCAGUGAUCCUGCGCCAUUGCUUCCAGGUAAAAAACGGUUUCUGUGCAUAGUGUCUGAGAGAGCAGGGGAGGCCCAGGUCCCAGUUCAUAACGUGGCGUUACAGAGCUGAAACGGGAUACCUCGUGUUUAAACAUGUCAGCAACAUUUCCCUUUACUCAGAAAGGUGUGUGUGGGACCAUGUUCAGCGAGGUCAGACCUCCUCUCCAGGGGCUCCGUGGUCUCUCAGGUCCUGGAGAGAAGUCCUGGGACUGAAACUUGAAAAAGUGCCUACUGCGGACAACUGAGCCUGGAGCUCCCCCAGGCUGAGUGGAGAUGUGAGUGUUUGUUAGAUCUGGAGGAGGGACGGGGUCUCUCAGAGACCGGCACUGGCUCAGCACUCGCUCUCUUCCUCCUUCCUGUGGCUUACAAAGGAAAUCAAACAGUAUCAAAGCUUGUGAGGCACACUGGACAAGAAGACGCCAAGACUAAAUAACUGCACUGAACACGCCCGGUUUUAUUUUGUAACAUUCCCACACUGUAUGUAUAGAAUCUGCUCUACAGGAUAAAGAAUUGUCCACAGUAUAAUCCACAGCUGACAGGGUGACUGAGUGUGGCUGUUUAGAGCAGUGCACUCUGAAUAGCUGACAACAAUGAUAAUAUUAAAGUCAUUAAACUGUACAGAGCUGAUGUGUUGUAGAGUCCACCAGUAUAAUCUGUGAGCGUGCAUGAUCAAUCAACCUUUAAGGUUUCAUUUAAAUUCAGUGGAUGGAGUGAAGACCCCACAGUGUUUGGAUUUCAUUUCAUUUCACUUGAACAAAGGUGAAUGAUUCCACAGACUGCAGGUUCUAAAAUCUGUCCUGUCAGCAUCCAUGUCCCUGCAGCCUUCUGACAGUUUUACUCCUCAUUUCUAAUCUGUUCAGCUCUGAUGCUCUGCCCACACAGGGUGUGUUAUUUUGGCCCAUUACAGACACAACUGAGACACUGACAUGCUCUGUGUGCACAGGUCCACAGCUCUGGAAGUAAGUGCACAAAGUCAGGACACAGACAAAUUCUGCCUUCCUAUAAUCUGACACACACAUACUGCAUUUAUCCUUCUGUAGUCACAUCAGUCCUGUUUCUCUCAGCUGAACAGAGGUGGUCAGAAACAACAUGAUUAUUAUUUGAAUGAUUGUCUGCAGCCCUGGAAACCUCAGCUCCUGAUCCUCCUCACCUCGUGCCAAAAGAGAGGGCAGCUCCUCCGGGGCUGCUGUGGUUGUACGAAGGCCAAAGUUGUCAGUGCUCACUGCAUCAGAUGUGUGUUUGUGGUUGGUGGUGAUGUUUCAUAGCUGGACCUUUGAGUGUUCCCUUUCAGCCUUAAAGUCCCUGUGCUCAGUAUCUCUGAGAGGAGGAGCCCUGUGCUCCAUCCCGUUCAGCUCUGUCCCUCCUCUGCUCCAUAGGAACCAGUGAUCGGUCUGAAGAAGCCUUAAUGACGUGUGAUGUGUUGUUAUCUGUCUCUUUAAAUAGAACAAACACUGUUCAAAGCACUUUGUACAGACAAGCAGAGACUUUGUGGAUAUUUGAGUUGAAUAUAUGAGAUAGUGAGCUGGGAUUAUUCAGCUCAACAUAUCACCUCCUGUCUGAGAACACAGUUCAUUUACAGCAUGAUGACACUCUGUGGUGUGUUUAAUACGACUAACACGUCUCAUUUAGUUCAUUUAGUUUCAUCUGUCUCUGCUCCACCUUUAUUUCGAGUCUCACCAUCAGCUCCACAGACUGCUUCAUACACUGCAACAGGACUGCAAGACAAAGACUGGAAAUGAGGACUAACGCUCAUGUUUCCAUCGUCUGUAUCCUGUAGUUUGUGCUGAUACCUAACACUCAUUCAAAGUUCAGACGCUGAUUAUUGAUUUCCAGUCAUUUUAUUGAUCAGAUGGCGUCUGUGGUUCAGACUGUAACCUGCAUCUGCAGUGGUGAUGAUGCUGCAGGAAGACAGAUGAUUGUCAAGAACUUUAGAGACAUGUUGAGGAGAAGACAGCGACGGGAACUCCCUCAUACAAAUAUGCAAAGUGUCAAGUGUAAAUAAAUCGACUUGAAUAUCAGAGCUUCAUCCUCCAUCACCUGAAACAUGAGGACUACAGGCUGCUGUCUGUCUGUCUGUCUGUCUUUGUGUUGCAGUGUAGAUUUAUUCUACUGGACUGGACUGGACUGCUGCAUCACCUGGGUCAGUUUGUUUUUAUCCUGCUGUCUGCUCACUUAACACAUCUGUCUUCUCCAUGUUUGAUCAGUGAUCGAUCAGUGAACUGAUCUGUGUGUGUGUGUGUGUGUGUAUGUGUGUGUGUGUUGACAAGAGGAGGGAGCACGGGGUGAAUUAAAAUAUUCCCUUUAAGUCUUUGGGGGGAGGGGCGGUCAUGACCUCCUCUCCUGUCAGUGUUUUCUCUUUGACCUGCUGAUCAUUUAUUCACUGUAAAGGAUCAUCUCUGUGCACAGUCUGUUGUAAAUGUGUGUGUGUGUGUGUGUGCGUGCGUGUGUGUUUGUGUGUGUGUGUGUGUGCUGUGACUGUAACUCUGUGUGAACCUGAUGGAAGACGCUCCAGUUGUUUAACAUGUGACCAAAGUAGCCAUGUUUAAUCUCACCGUUCAUUUCCCCACGUUCUUUUCUAGAAAUGCUUGAAUAUUUUUUUCUUGAUGCCAAGAAGCUGAUGUUUAUUUUUGUACUUCAUUGUUUCAUGCAGAUCUAUAUUUCCCUGUCCACUGCAGGAUUUAAAGUGACUGGUACUUUAUUUGAAGGUACUGACUCUAACUGUGUUAAAUGUGGAAGCAUGCCCUAAAUAUAACAGAUAAACAGAAGAGUGCAUACACACGUGAUUUCUUUGUACAAACCGGAGCAUAUCUAAUAUUUUUGGGUUUGUAUUCUAGCAUGCAGAUUCCUGCUACAGUUUAGUUUGUGUUAAAUGAUUCCAGGAGGAGCAGGACUAACAAUGAGCACUUUGCAGUUUGUCUCACAGAGCUGUACUCUGUGACAGCGGAAGGUCGUCGACGCCGUUUUAUUUUGAAAUGCUGCUAUCGUUAGUUUGGAGCAGAUGAGCUGUUUUUCAAUUAACUUUAAGCCAAGUAGCAAUAAAACUUUUUACUGUGAUUUAGUUUCUUUGUCCAGUGUCCACUCUGCUCACCAUUUUUAUGAUGAUUUCAUGCCAAUAAAUAUCAUCAAAAGAAC